AUGGAGUCGUUUUUACCGCUGGGAGGCUUUCAGCUGCCCUUUCAGAAACGCCUCAGCAGACUCUACAACGACACUAAGAAGUCAACCGACUUUGUCAAAGAACCAAUUCAAAAUGAGGAAGAUCCAGAAAUCAAGGCCCUACAUCGAAAACUCCGCAUCCAGAAAGAUAGGCUCGUGAGUUGGGGGCUCGAGUGGUCUGAUCCCACUCAGUCUGUUGAGAUCGAUGAGUCUCUAUCAAAAGCUGGGUUGAGCGAGGUCGUUGGAAGUAUCAUGUCCACCAUCAAGGACAUCUUAGCAGAAGCUGAACCUCUUUGGCUAAGCUCAAAGCGCAUGAUUUCAGCACCUGCUACGUCAAAAGAUACGAAGCCGCCGUUGGUUCAAUGGGAUAAGAACCAUUUUGAGGAUUUGGUUAAUGACCUCACUGCUUCCAUUGACACACUCUACGACCUGUCGCGGACACGCGCAGCGGCUGGUGGAUUUGCAAGACGAUCAUCGAAAACACCAUUCAAAUCUAUGUCAUCAGCCGAGGAGUACAGACCAUUCGAGUCAAGCCGCAUGCAAACGCCUCAGCAAAUUAACCCUCAGACUCUAACGCAUCUACGACCUAAGCAAGGUGAUGAGUCUUCUGCUCCCCGAGAAGUGGUGUUCAUGAGCAAGACAGCUUAUUCAGAACUCACACAUGGAACGACUCGUCAACCGUGGGCACCGCUGCUCCUGGAAUAUGCAACCUUUGACUCGAUUUAUGCCGUGACGGGCAUCAUGCCUCCCAUGGCUCGCUUCGAGAAGCUAUCCGCCGGUCUGCAGCAAGAUUCUCAGCGAUCGCCUGGUACAUGGACUGGACUACCUCGGCUUCUCGGAUACUUCGAAGACCUGGAGAACUCAAGACUCGGGCUUGUCUAUCGAUUUCCUCCCUCAUUCAAUGCCGUCUCAUUCGAGCGUCUCACCAAGAAUCCUUCUUAUAACCUCCCGACUUUGAACGAUCUCCUCUCAGUUCCAGGAUCAGAGCCUAAGCUUGAAGCUAAGUUCAGACUUGCUCAUAAUCUCAUGAAUACUGUUUUCGACCUACAUGCUCGCGGCAUCACCCAUGGCAACAUUGCCCCGACCACAGUCUCAUUCUGCGAUGCAGUCACCUCACAACCGGGUGCGACUAAUGGCGAAGUGGACAUUCGACGUCCUCUACUUUCUUCCUUCGAUCUCUUUCCCGAAGAUACCCCCUCAGCAUCACCAAUUCUGUCCCGCCAUCCGCUUGACCCACGCAAUCUCCAAUCUUCACAUCUUGUCAGCAAUCCUGACCAGAGAGUUCUCGAUCUGUAUUCCUUAGCCACUCUGUUACUAUCAGUUGGCUUGUGGAAGACACUUGAGGAUAUUGUCCCCGAGGCAUCCACUUCUAUCCCUGAGUCAGCCCUGGAAGAGCUCGCUGUUCGAUGCGGCAGCUUGUACAUGAAGGCAGUUCAGGUUUGUUGGACAGCUGUCGAUGACGAGCUUGCUGGGCGAUCUUCUGGAGAAUCUCUGCUGUCGUCGGUUCAGGUACGAUGUAGUCGCUUCUUGGAAGCCUGCUGUAUCUUAGAUGGCGUCAGUGGGCUAGAGGAGAGGCUCGAUCAAGAGCUCAACCCGUCCGAGACACAAGCGCCUGCCGUCGAUACAGCCCUAAUAAAGACGAACAAGGACGUAAAGGAUGUCAAAGACUUCAAGUCAUCACUAAAAGCUGCAAGCGAGAAGCCAAUGGCAGCAUCAGCGCCUAACUUGGGAACAGAAACUAGUGCUCCCAAGUAUGAGGCUAUCGCUGACCAGGAUGAUGCCCUUGACAAGCAGUCAGAGACAAAGAUGCGUUUAUAUCCUCAUGUGCCGCUAGCACCAGAAGUCGUGGAGAAGUGGAACAAGAUCCUCAUGCCCCAGAUCAACCACGCUCUUCGUCACUUUUACCGCAAGCACCCCGAAUCGGUCGAGAUCUCUCUGGAGUCAGUAGGCCCAAGCCCUCAGAAGACUCAGCCUACUGUCCUUGUUGUGUGUACAUCUGUUGGAAAAGUCCGAGCUAUCCUUAAGAAGAGGCUAGGUGAUCUCUUCGAUGGAAGCAAUGGCUUCGGGCUCAAGGUUUGCCGUGGACAUGUUCUACGAUCUCGCCGACAGCCAAACUCCGUCCUGAGAUCCAUGGCUCGAAGGAGCGCUAAGGGCGCUGGAUUGGAAUCUGACGAUGUUGAGGCCAUCAACCCAGAGUAUCAAGAGCGUCCAGGCAAUGGCGCCAGUAUUGGAGCAUGGAUUGGUGAUCGACAUCUACCCCCCGUCAGCCUCGGAGGCCUCGUCAUGGUUGACGACAAGCCUUACGGAAUGACAGUCCACCACAUGCUCGAUGAUCCAGACCGGGACUUUGGGCCUAGUGAUACUCUUCGGUGCAGUGCCCUGCCUGAUAUGGACUGGUACGCGCAAUCUGGUGACGACAGCACUGUCGAUGAUGAGUUUGGCUAUGAGCUGUCCGAUACUGAAUCAGAAGCCUACUCGGAUUCUGAUAUCACCAGUGAUUAUGAAGACGAUGAGGAUGAGGAUGAAGAUGAGGAGUAUAAUGAGCCUGGAGACAUCCCUGGCAUUGAACCGGGCUGUGGUGAUGGCUACAUCGUCACACAGCCGGCUCUCGAUGAUGUUGAAGAAGGGUUCUACCCUGACCCAGAGACUCAAGACGAGGACCACCUUGACACAUACAGUGUUGGGGAGGUGUAUGCUUCAAGUGGUAUCCGCAGGAAGCAGGCCCUUGGGCUCGUGCAUGAGGUUGACUGGGCUCUCUUCGAAUUCGCUCACGAUAGACUGCCUGAUGACAACACCAUUCCUCGCAUAGAUGGCAAGUCGCUCGCACAAAAGUCUGAGGGAAAGCAGACAGCUGGAUCGCCUAUGUUGCGACCAACCAUUGUCGCCCCUUCAGACUCCUUGCCAAACAUGGAGGUGCAGUGCAUGGCCCGGACAAGCGGCUUGCAGACUGGCAAGAUCCUCCCGGCUCUGACAAGCGUUAAGAUCUACGGUCGCGUUUCACCAAGCCAUGCAUACCAAGUCACAAGCGCCGAUGCACCAGAAGAGGGGUCUCAGAACAAGAAUGUCCCUCUCGGUAUCCCUGGUGACAGCGGUGCUUGGAUCGUGAGCCGUGACGAGGGUCAGCUUUGCGGACAUGUCCUAGCCUGGAGUCAACGUAAGCGUGUUGCGUACAUCUGCCCCAUGGACGUCCUCCUUUGGGAUAUCGCAGAGACGUUGGAAGCUCAUGAAGUAAAGCUUCCAGGAGGACAGGCCGUGGCUACUUUCAACAGGUCAGAGACUCGCAGCGUCUCUAAGAAGCAAGAGGUAUCUAAUCUCGAGUUUCAUGACGACGAUGAUCUAUCGGACUUGGUUGAAGAGGAGGAAGAUCUACCACCCCAACUAGUCACGUCCCCAGAUCCAGUUAUAGACACACCCAGUAUGAGGAAAUCACCCGUCUCCAACUGCAGCGGCGUCAGCGACCGGAGCUCCUCAAGCCCCAUUCGCCUGGAUACAUCAAGUGAUCUAAGUGGCAUCUCGAAUCGAUUUGAAGAAAUGAGUAUGAGUGGUAGUUUUGGGAUAGGAGUUAGCGGUUGA